AUGUAGUGGUGUAAUGAAACAGUGUAAUGAAACCGUGUGUGCCAUUGAGGCUGCUGUUUGUCAAAUGUGCCUGUUCAAACACUUCCCAUCCAGCCACAGGCAAGUUAGCUAGGUCAGGUUGACCAAAAGCCACGCCUCUCUGCCUCAUCUACCUCAUCUACAUCCUGCUCUCAAGGAUGUGGGCAGGCUGCCGUCAGUUCUCAUUUGCCUCCUGCACCAUGGCGAGCAUGUUUCCCAUCACUGUGUUUCUGUUGCUAAUUUACGCAGGAAUCUCACAAGGACAAAAUUUGACAACAUCAACAGUAACAGCUUCCACGUCGUCAUCAACAAAAGUGUCUACAUCAUCAUCAGCAGCAGCAGCUGCAGACACAUCCCCAAGCGCCCCUGUCAGUCCUGCUCUCACUACCACUAGCACUGCCUUAGCAGCUAGUGAGGCUAAGACAACAUCGGAAGCUGCAGCUACAGGUCAUCACUCCACACAACCAACGCAGCCUGCACAGUCCAGCGCCACAGCCAGUCACAAUGCCUCUGACUCCGCCAUCACAGAGGUGGCUGCUACACACACACCCUCUGUGAGUCAGGACUCCGCCGUCACAGAGGUGGCUGCUACACACACACCCUCUGUGAAUCAGUCAACACUCUCUCCAAACUCCUCGGCCUCCGGCAGACCCACGGCACGUGGACCACUCGUCUCGAGCACGAGCUCAAACACGGGUACAGCAAAGCUACUGUACAGGAGCCCAGGACUGGUAGCGGUUUUGUGCAUAUUCGUCAUCAUUCUGGCCUUACUGUUGGUGAUUGGGCUAACAAAGGGCUUGACCUCCAGUAAUUCAAAGUUUGAAAGACUGGAAGAAGUACCAAUGGGCAAAAUGAAUGAGGAAUCUCCAUUUGCACAGUACCCACCCAAAUGAACAAGUCAACUCAUGAGGCAUGACAGAGAGGACAAAUAAUUACUUCGAAAUAUUACUGUGUACAUGUGUAAACAAGUGUUUAUGAGGCAAAAUAAAUCAAAUAAAGGAUAAAUAAAAAA